AUGGGAGGAAAGGUCGAUGUCUCAAUCAAUCAAACGCGUGGACCAAGAACAUUCAAGUUAUUUGGCCAGAAUUAUCAUCAGAUAGGAAGUUUAUUGCCUCCUGUGGGAUCUACCCCAAAAUUUGCGCAACUGUACAUUUACGAUACGGAAAAUGAAGUACAAAAUAGAAUGCUUCAUGGUCAACACCUAAACAAACUUCAUGCCGAGAUUGUUGCUGAUCUGAAGAAAAUGCUUGAUGGACAUAAUAUUUUGGCUAAGACAUUUAGAAUGGUAAGGGAUAGAUUUCAAGAAGAUGGAAGCUCCAAUGUUAGGCUCAGAUUGAUAGGGAAAAGAAACACAGAUGGAAGAAGAUACAACUUACCGACCGUUUCAGAGGUAGCUACUUUAGUGGUUGGAGAUUUUGAACUAUCUAUGUGUGAUAGAGAUAUCAUAAUUGAAACCCAAUCCGAACAACUGCAAAGGAUAAAUGAAUUGAAUGCUGCAUAUUUUGGUCUCCAAUAUCCUUUACUUUUUCCAUACGGUGAAGAUGGAUACAGAGAGGACAUUCCUUUAAAUGAAGAUGGUGAACCAACUGUAGGAAGAAAAUGUGUUGGCAUGAGAGAAUUUUUUGCGUACAAAAGUCAAGAUAGAAAGGGUGAAGUUCCAACAAUUGUGUCUGCAAGAAGAUUAUUUCGGCAAUUCUUAGUUGAUGCAUAUACAAUGAUUGAAUCUGGUCGAUUGAAGUAUUAUAGGACUCAUCAAAAACAAUUGAGAGUUGCGAUGUAUAAAGGAUUAGAAGAAGCCGUUUUGAAUGGAGAAACUACACUCAAGGGAAGAGAAUUAUUCUACCGUCAAACUUCACAGUGGCCCGAGAUUCUGAGACAUGUAACGAGUAGGGGCUUAAAUCUUGAGGAUCGUCCAGACAUCUUAAGUAGGGUAUUUAAAAUCAAAUUGGAUCGCUUGAUAAAGGACUUGCGAGACAACAAAGUGUUUGGAGCAGUAAAAUCAGUGUUGACUGUUCCUUUGGCUGUCCUUAUCUUCAUGAGAGGCGCCAUCACGACCGGGUGGGAAUUGGGUUGUGACAUAACAGCAGAAAUUCCAGAUGAAACAAUUGAUCCUCAUUAUUAUAGGGCCGUGAAAAGUUUCAUGAUGCACGGCCCAUGUGGUUCUGCCAGAAAAUCUUCCCCUUGCAUGCAGAAUGGGAGAUGUACAAAGCAUUUUCCAAAAAAGUUUACUAAGUCAACCACAAUUGAUGAAGAUGGUUAUCCUAUUUAUAGGAGAAGGGAUAGUGGAAGAACUAUCAAGAAGGAUGGUAUUGACUUGGACAACAGGUAUGUGGUGCCGCACAAUCGUUUCUUAUUAUUGAAAUAUGGUGCUCACAUCAAUGUGGAGUGGUGCAAUCAAUCGAGGUCAAUUAAGUACUUAUUUAAAUAUGUUAACAAAGGAAAUGAUCGUGCUACCGCCGCUUUUUCUAGAAGUGUGCAAGAGGAGGGUUCAUCGGUUGUUGAUGCAAUUAAUAUGUACUGUGAUUGCCGAUACAUAUCACCCUGCGAAGCUGCUUGGAGAAUAUUCGAGUUUCCUAUACACUAUAGACAACCUUAUGUGGAAAGACUAUCAUUUCAUCUUCCAAAUGAACAACAUGUCAUAUUCUCUGAUGAUGAUCCGAUUGAUGAUGUUGCCAAUAGACCCACUGUAAGGGAAUCGAUGUUUUUAAGUUGGUUUGAGACAAAUAAACAUCUUCUGAAGCAAGAGAACUAA